GACCCAGAGCAAGAAUGAUGUAGGAGUGGUUUUACUUUCCGACCGGAGAAAAACCACCGCGAGCGAACGCUAUUUCACUUCAAUCUGAGAAGAAGAAGAAGAAAAAGACGGAGCUAUUCGACUCAGCUUUACGAACGAAUCAUGCGCGUUCACAAACAGCGCGUCUGAGGGAACCGAGCCGGAUCUUUGUGUUCGUCGGACUUCGGGAUGUGCCGUGAUUGAAGGAUCUAUCCUGCUGUUACACACACUCCUCGUGGGAUCUCUCACACACACACACACACACACACACACACACACACUGGUCUCAGCAUGCCGGCUCUCCUGCUGUGUGUUCUGCUGGCUCUUCAUGCUGACGCUCUCGACGUCCGUGUCCCAGAAUCCCCGCUGGUGGCUCUGUACGGGGCGGACGCGGUGCUCAACUGCUCGUUCUCCGGCGCCUCGGCGUUCAACCUGUCCGAGCUCAGCGUGUUCUGGCAGCUCUCGGACACCAAGCGCGCCGUCCACAGCUUCUGGCAGGGCCGAGAUCAGCUGAGCGAUCAGGAGCAGCGCUUCGCCAACCGCACCGGCCUCUUCCCCGACCGGCUCCGCUCCGGGAACGCCUCCCUGCUGCUGAGGAGCGUCCGCGUGGCCGACGAGGGAAGCUACUCCUGCUUCGUCAGGGUUCAGUCGUACGGCAGCGGAGCUAUGCUGAUGCAGGUCGCAGCUCCGUUCUCCAAGCCGCUGGUGACCUGGGGCCCGGAGUCGGCCCUGAAGCCCGGGGAUGUGGUGGCCCUCAGCUGUGUGGCAUACGGAGGUUAUCCUGAGGCGGAGGUGCUGUGGCAGGACGGAGCUGGACGCAAUCUGACCGAUAACGUGACGGUCUCUCAGGUGGCCAACGAGGAGGGUCUGUUCAGCGUGAAGAGCGUCCUGACCGUGAUCCUGGAGCCCAACAGCACCUACAGCUGCAGACUGAGCAACCCGCUGCUGGGAGAGGAGGGUCAAGCAUCGGUCACCAUCACCGCUCAGGGUCUGGUGUUUCCUCCGCUGGCGCUCUGGCUGACCGUAGCUCUGGCCGUGUGUUUGCUGGCUCUGCUGGUCGCUCUGGCUGCCGUCUGCCGCAGGAAGAUCAGAGAGAGCUGUGAGGAGAUGAGAGCCGAGGAAGAAGCCAAAGAACUGGAGGAAGCCAAAGAAUUAGAAGAAGCCAAAUCAGCUGCAACACCUUUAAAGAGCUAAAACUGAAGAACACGGGUCGAGGCCGGACCGUCAGUGACUGACAUGAGCAGAAACCCUCCUCCCGACCCAGCAUCACUUCACAAGGGACAGGUCCUCACGCACAGAUAGUACAUGUUUAGUACGCUUCACAUUUUGCCGUUUCACUUGAUCGAUUAAAGCCCUUUCCCGUUCCCCGCUCGUCUCUACGCACACUCGUGUGUUUCUGGUGUGAAAGGGAGAUGAUCUCGAGGAGUCUCUCUCUGACACCGGGACAGACGCUCGGACCUAAUGGAAAGUGAGUAGCUUAAGAAAGCGUCAGCAGCGCUCUCUUUUCCCACCCGCUCCUAAUUAAUGCCUGCCCGAGAACUAACUUGUAGCUGUCAGCGUCUCCCGGCUCCGCAGAAAUCCAAUAACUUCAGGGAGCAAUUUAUGUGGAACACCAGCGAAGCUCCAAACGGUGCGUGAGACGUCUGUUUGUGUGUCGACGUCGUCAGGUGCUCUGAACGCUGCAUACGAGGGAAUGAGAAAUGUGCCAAAAUAAUCAGAGGCCUUGCUGCAGACGUGUUGUCUUUUAUUACAUGCUGAAAUUAAAACGGUUUUUGCUCCUGGAGGUUUCCGUGACUGCUUGCUUUCCACUAACGGGUCAUUUGAAGCUCUUCUCCGGGGCUGCGUUUCAUUUCAUCAAAAAUACUGUUAAAAUGGGAAAUAUUUUUUUCUUCUUUUAUUUCUGUGGUUUUCAGCACUCUUCAGUUCCUUCAGGAGUCAUAAUAAUUUACUGAUGCAGAAACAUUUCUGGUUAUUAUCAGUGUUGAAAACAUCGUGAUUUGAUGAAUAUCCAUAUAAACAGACUGUAGAAGGACAGAUAGUUUCUCGUUUCGACCCGGAAGAGCACGUCCACGUCUUUCUUCACCUCUCAUCCGGAGCAAAUGUCAGCGGAUUAAAGAGAAAGAAAAGCGUUCAGCUCCUAAUGUCUGGGUCAUCCCGUUCUUAUCAGCAUCACUGUAAUAAACCGAUCACAUCGACUUCUGAGGAGACGUUAUUAAGAAAGAGCUGAUGUCUUUGAAGAUGCUUUUGAGGACAGCGAUUUGAAGAAUAAACCGAUGCGAUCAUUUCAGUCUCAAAUGAGCUGUUAUUAUUUUUUAAUGAUAUAUUAUUAAACGUGCACUCGCAAUCUGUCAAUCAAAAAUGUUUAAAUAUCUUUUUAACAAAACGCUAACAUUUAGUUUUUUAUAAUAUUUUAAUUGUAAAAUAUUUUAGGAUAUUUAAUAAUUGCUAUUAUUGGUAGUAACGAAAAUAAUGGCAUUUAAAAAUAACAAUUAUUCACUGACCCUGACGCACAUCUAAUUAUUUUUCAAUUAGAACAAUUCAUGCUGGAGGCACUAAAAGCACUUCUUACUCUUUCAUAACCCUUUUUGCGUGAACAAAGCAAGCAAUCAAUAAAAGCAGCAGAGGUGUGUGCUUUAUGAGAUGCGCUGGGUUUAAAAAUAGCGCUGAACUCCUGGCUGUCUGACCUCUCUUAAGACUUGCGGAGAUGCAGAGCUCUUCAAGAUCAUCAUGUGCACUGAUACUAGAGCUGAAUUCAACCGGAGCACUUACAAACAGCUCUCCAUUCACUGGAGUUAAAUCUGAGCCUGAUUAUUACAAAUGUCUUGCAUUAAAUCCAAAGCAUAUCUCACCUACUUUGGAUUCUGAUUAUUUUGGUGGUUCGUGCAUUUAAUAUUUGCGCCGCUGCAGCAACUUUUUAGUCGUGCAAAUUGCAAAAAUACUUCUGCAUCCAAUUUCUGGCGUCAUUCCUUCAAACACAUCAGAUGUACAUGUUGAAUCUGCGUCGUCAGCUCUGAGACCGAUUGGUCCGUACUGGAUGGAAGCACGGCUGCGUGAUAUGUUGACGUUAUUAAUAAAUGCAUUGAGAACUGCG